GUACGCGACGGUUUAAACUUUACUGUGAUGCUGCCACUAGUGUGUGACGUGACGGAACUUGAAAGUGCAAUCUUUUAUUCAGUCAAAAAUCAUUUGUGAAUCACACCAAGCGGCUCAUUCACGACCAUCAUGGGCAGGAACAAAUCACAAAAAUCAUCAGUGCCACAAAAAUCCAAGCUCAAGAAAGACCCUGGAAUACCAAGGCUUCCUGAAAUAAAGGUUCGGAAUGCGGUGAAGCGGAAAUCCAGCUCUCCUGCGAUACCCCAGCGCGAUGAUCCAGAUGCUUAUAUGGCUGCCGAACCUACCUUAUCUUCACUAGCAGCCCUUGCUUCAGAGACCCAGGCAAUUGUAGAUCAGGAUCUCGCGUCUUAUGCGGGCUCCUCACAGAAUCGGACAAAGGAGCAAAUUCGGCGCCACUACGUCCGUAUGUUACACAAAGUAAUUGAUCAAAGUGACCUUGUUAUUCUUGUGCUCGACGCUCGCGAUCCGGAGGGGUGUAGGAGUCGACUGGUUGAAGAGGAGGUAAGACGGAGAGAAAGUGAAGGGAAGAAGCUUGUAUUUGUACUGAAUAAAAUCGAUCUGGUCUCAAAAGAAAAUGCUCAGCAGUGGCUGCGAUACUUGCGACAUUCCACUCCGACACUCCCAUUCCGUUCUGCCUCCUCCAAUCAACGUUCCAAUCUCAGCUCUACAACGGCACCUGGACUUAUGCGCCUUCUUAAAGCAUUUAAACCUACUUCACAGAGUAUCACAGUCGGUGUCGUCGGCUUUCCGAAUGUGGGCAAAAGCAGUCUCAUCAAUUCUUUGAAGCGAUCAAAGGCUUGUGCAGUGGCUGCACAGCCAGGUCACACGAAAGACCUCCAAUCCGUGCAGCUAGAGCGAGGAAUCAAAAUCGUCGAUUCACCUGGUGUGGUUUUUGACGAAGAUGAAUCUAGUGACUCUAGUCAGAAGGGCAGCAUUCUCCUGCGAAAUGUAGUCAAAGUAGAGGACAUAGAAGAUCCCAUCGCAGUCGUUGAAGAGAUCCUUGCACGGACAGAGCAUGAGACGCUUCAAAAACUAUAUAACCUCCCUCAAUUUUCCAGUACGCUGGAGUUUCUCACUAUGCUUGCGCUUAACAGCGGGCGCCUGCUCAAGGGAGGUACCCCCGACCUACUUGCAGCCGCACGCCACGUUCUCAUGGACUGGAAUCACCAAAAAAUCCCCUACUUCUCCGUCCCGCCUAUCAUUCAUCCCUCGUCGAUGCCUUCUGCCACAACGGGUGCAGAAACCGUCGGGCAGGCACAAAUCCUUGAUUCAUUUUCCAAACCGUUUGAGCUCGCAGGUUUGUUUGGCUCAGCGGACGCUGGCGCGUUUAAUGAAAAUGCACAGAUACAGGAGGAGGUAGCUAUGGAUGAUGGUGAAGUCAACAAUGACAUUCCUGCACAGGGAUCUGGCAUGAUAGUCGAUGAUGGCAUGGCUGCAUCCGCACUGUCACUUCCGUCGUUACGCAAGCGUGCUCGUUCGCCCUCGGUGGUCACGCAGGUAGGAGCCACAGACUCCUCUGCACACCUUCGCGUGCCAAAGCGGUUCCGUCGCGCGAAGGACCUUUCUGCAUAUGAAGAAGCCGCUGCGCGGAGCCAGAACCACGCGCUUAAUAGGCGGUCGCUGAAGCAGGACCGCAAGCGCGCACGGAGAGCUGCUAACAAAUUAAUGAAGACUGAGUCGGGGAUGGAGGUUGAUGAGCUGCAGGAGACGUUUAUUGCAGAUGUGCAGGGUUAAUCCACUGCUCUUUCAUGUCAUGACAUUUUGUUCUGUGCAACAUCAACUCUAGACCUGGAAAGCGCUACCCGCUCGAGCUCUUGCAGCCUAAAAUCGAUGUAUUACUGUGAGCCUCUCAUUGCACAUUUGUUGUGAUGAGUACAAAAAUAAUAGGUCGUGUACUUAGAGCCACGUUCGUAGCAGAGCCCGCUUCCUGUUACCAAUUGCUGCCAAUGUAACAUACCACAUGUUUCCGGUCAUUUGGCCACACAUUUUGUGCAAAAGUAUCGCAGU